AAAUGUUUAAAGACCAGCAGAGCUGGUUCUGUUUAUCAUAGCUCUUUCAGACGAUGAUAGGUAAACACCUCUGCUCUUGGAUACUCUGAUUCUGCGAUUCUAUUUCUCCGUUUAUAUUAUCAUUUGUGUGCGGCUACUUUUAUUUGUGAUCUGUUCCGAUUUCAUUGAUCGACAGCAUGAAGGCACAGUGUGAUAUACAAAUGGCCACCAAGCAAAUGGAUUCCAAAAUUCUGAAAAGCCGAUCUCCAAAAGACGUGACGCACGAAGAGAUGCAAUCCCUUCUGUCCAAACUGAAGAACCUUGUUCCAAAUAUGCCCAGGAAUAAGAAACUAUCCAAAUUGGAAAUAAUUCAGUACGUGAUUGACUAUAUUUUGGACUUGCAGAUCGCUUUGGAAACACAUCCUGCUGCAUCUAGGCCUAAUACCACAGUCUUAGCAGGAAUUAGCCCCAGCAGGCAGCCCUUGGGAGUAUUAUCUCCAGCAAUUAAUACCUGUGCAGCACAAGAAGUAAAUCAAACAGAAAAAGUCCCUAUUAUCAUCGCAGAAGUGAUUAGUGCAAACCGACCGGUUUCCUGCUAAUUGUUAACCCUGUGUUAGUUGGACUUUUCAAUGUUGCAAAGACUGUUUCAAAAACAAAUCCAAAAAAUGCACGCCGUGAGGACAAUGUGCAUUAACUAGUCUUAUAAUUGUGAAUUAUGUAGCUGUUGUUUAUAUAUUUUAUAUUUUGCUUUGGCAUAAAAGAUCUCACUUGUUGGUUUAUGUUACAUUCAAGAAGUUUCUGGAAAGCUCAAAAUGGACUGAAAUUCAACUGUGUUGUAAACAAAAAUAGCUCUCACUUACAUGCCAUUGAUGUUUUUAUAAUGUCUCAUUGUAGCAUCAAAUUCACGCAAUAGCAUAUAUUUGCAUAUGAAGUAAGGGUUAGAAGUUCACUUCUUUCUCUUUUAUGUUCCUAUAUUGAAAAAAAAAAAGCCCCAUCAAAUGUUUUGAUUUUUAAUUCGUUUUAUGUAAAAAAAAUCAAAGUUAUUAGAGCUUUUUCUGUUAUACUGUUUAUAUAACAAUAUUCGCUUUUAAGAACCAUGUAAUAUUGCUACUUAAUGUCACUGAUUUGGUAACUACUUAUUUUUCAUCAAAGUUAGAACAAAUUUAUUUGCAUCAGUUUUUUGAAAUUUUGUUUUAAGUAAAUAGUAUCAAAUGUAAAUAGCAUCUGUUUCACAAAUGGAGCCAUAGUAUGGAAUUUGUAAUAGAUUUGGUGUUGUUGGUAUAUUGUCUUCUACUCCAGUGUUCCUUAAAUUAAUAGGUGAUUACUUUAUACCUGGUAUCUUGAUUUCACAUUUAUGCAGAAGUAGGUCUGUGUACAAAUGGUUUUGUGAUAUUUGUCUGGCCUAGCCAGAUUUUGUACAAAUGUAUGGAAAAUUGUAAAGUAUAAAGUUAAAAAUUUUAAAAAUAAAUGAAGAAAAUUAUUU